AAAUUAAUAAAAUUUGUGACAAAAAAUAGAGAUUAAAAAAAAGAUAAAUAAAAGAAAACAUAAUCAAGACAAAUCGUUAAAUUCCCAGUUUUUUACCUCAAUUUAAUGAGUUUAAAAUUAAAACAACAAAUUGAGGUGUCCGCGUAUAAGUACUCUGCAGAUGCAAGAAGAGAGAUUAGAUUAAAGGCUCAUAUCUCACGUUAUCACGUCUCUUCGUUGGACAACCCAAAUCAUUCUCACCCAUGGUGCUGAGGGCAGCUGUUCUACGGAGACUAAUUCAGCAGUGGUGUAGCCUGAGUGGCUUAGGAGUUGCUGCUCAGAGGAACAACACACGGAACUUACAGACACUGUCAUACAUCAAGAACUUCCGGAGAAGAACUUGGACACCUGUACCACCAGUACUUAUUGCCUUCUCAAUUUUUGGCUACUCUUUUGGGUCAUCCGCAAAGGAGGUGGAGGAUAAGAAGAAAAACGCUCUGAAGAUGAGUGAUAGUUCAGUGGAGGAACUAAUCCCACAGUCGGAUCAAUUCUUUGAUGAGAACAAGUACAGAGAAGCCUAUGAAGUCCUCCUCAAUCAUCCUGAGCGUGAUACAAAUGUUGAGGUAAUCUGGAGAAUUGCUCGUGGCUACUACAAGACAGCCAAGGAGACGGAAAAUAAAACAGAGAAAGCAGCCCUUGUGCGAAGUGGCUUUGAAUUCAUUCAACGUGGCUUGGGGAUUGAUGAUACCCACUAUGCUAUACACAAGUGGUAUGCCAUCCUGUUGGAUGCCAAGAGUGAGCAAGAUGGGAUGUGGGAACGUGUGAAUCAGCUGCACAGGGUUAAGCAUCACAUGGUACGUGCCACAGAGUGCAAUCCCAAUGAUCCAACAAGUUGGUGGAUUUUGGGAUGUUUUGAAUUUGGCAUUGCCGACAUGUCGUGGUAUGUGAUGAAGAUUGUGCAGAAGGCACUCAAGGAACCACCAACGGGUACGUAUGAAAAUGCCCUUGAGUGCUUCCUGCGUGCUGAGAAUAUAAAGCCAAUGUUCUACACAACCAAUCAUCUCUGGCUUGGGAAGUGCUACAAAGCCCUCAAAGAUCCCGAAAAGGCGAAACAUCAUCUCAACAUUGCCGCAACUACGCCAGUUAAAAACUACGAUGAUAAGAAAUGCCAAGAGGAAGCUCUGCAGCUGCUGAAGAAAUUAUGACGACAAUCAGCUGCGGAAAGAUUCUUCGCUUCCGGGUGAUUUGGGUAUUCCACAGGACAAUUUUUAAAUGAAUUUUUUUUUGUAAUAUAAUGGAAUUAAAAGUUUAUUAUUGAAUUUUCAAUCAAA